AUGAUCCGGUUAUGUGGCCGAUACAAUCCUUUAAUGACAAAUGAAGAAUGUUUAGACUGGCUCAAGUUGGGCAUGAACACUACUUUAUUGAAUCAAUGUUCAGGCAACAUAUUUACCUCACCACAACAAUUGCUUCAAUUUAUUCAACGUUUAGAGCAAGAUCAACAAUUUAUUCAACACGUAUCAUCGUCGCGUGAAACCGAUUGUAAUCUUACAUAUCAACUAUCUCACUUGGCACAAUCUACUUCACUUAACACUGUUUCUACACCACAACUAGUCGAUGUUGUCCGGAACGACCUAAAAGAACUACGCGUAAAUCUAACCCGAUCGUCGGCACCUUUUGACAAACAUAUUGAUAGUCUUGCCUUAGAUGUCAAAUUAAUUAACUCAAUUACCGUUCCACCACGCGAAUCGCAAAUUAUUCAACGUUCAUCAAAAUCUAUAACAAAAGCGACCGUCCGCGAACGUUAUAACGCUAUUAUCGGACAAAUUACACAUACGCCUGGCGACAUUAAAAGCUUUGUAGUGACACCCCCUUUAGCUGCUCGAACACAAGUCGUUUCGCCUCUCAACUCAAUACACACGUCAUAUUUAUCUCCACCCACACCAGAAACUAUCCAAAAAUUCGUAGCUCAUAUACACGAUCCAACACAACAAACAGAUCUUACCAAUAUCUUAUCAUCCCAUGCUAAACUUUUCGAUCUCUCGAAAAUUACACAAGCGAAAACUUCUAUCCGCCACACAAUUAAUACUGCAGAUGCUCUUCCGAUUAGUUCCCGUCCAUAUCCAAAAACCGUCGAACAGCGACGACAACUACAGAAGAUCAUACACGAAAUGAUGACAAACAAUCAGAUUCGUCCCUCAAAUUCACCAUGGCCAUCACCCGUGAUCCUACAUAAGAAAAAGGAUGGUGGUACUAGAUUCUUAGUCGACUAUCGUAAAUUGAACUCUGUUACAAAAAAGGACUCAUUCCCACAACCGACAACGGAGGAAUUGUUACAACGAUUAGGCGACAAUCGAUACUUUACAAAAUUCGACUUAAAAUCUGGCUAUUUUCAAAUUCCUAUCCUUGAACAAGAUAAAGAAAAAUACACAAGAUGGUCUAUGGGAAUUCAAUGUAUUACCACAAGGUGUUAUGAAUGGUCCACCUACUUUUCAACGAGUGAUGCAUAA